AAUUAGUUCACAGCACUGUGUGCAGCAAUAAAGAAUUUGCGCGAUCGAUUCGAACCGCACGGGCACGAAUGGCGGCUCAAGCGCAUGCAGAGCUGCAGCGCGCAGAGAGUAGUAAACAAACAAUCGUGGCGCACGGCCAGUUGUGCGCAGUGCUUGCGGCUGCCACUGGUGCCGGCGCGUCCAUGCUCGCGGCAAGUGGUGUAAAUGCGCCGACCGCACAGUCGGCAUUCGUCUAUGCAAUACUGGCGCUGAUCUACGCGGACGACGCCAGCGACACGGCGCCGGGCCCUCUCGUCUGGCUAGCGAUUGCCGUCUUCGACGUCGAGGGCAAUUACCUCGUGGUCAAGGCGUUUCAGCACACGUCGAUGACGUCCGUGAUGCUCCUCGAUUGCUUCGCCAUACCGUGCGUGCUGGUGCUGUCGAAGUUCGCCUUGGGCGCCCAAUUCACGCGGCUCCACCUCGUCGGCGCGGCGGCGUGCGUGGUCGGGGCCGCGCUGACGGUGUUCUCGGACGUUCUACCACCGCCAUGGGGCGCGGGCGGCGGCGCUAUCGAUCUGACGCCGGCGCCUCAUCCGUUAGUAGGCGACGCGCUCUGCAUGGCCGGCGCCGCUCUUUAUGCCGCGUCAAAUGUCAUGCAGGAGUACUUGGUGAGAGACCUCCCGACGCCGGGAGCGUUCCUCGGGCGCCUCGGCGUUGCUGGCUUUUGCGUUUCCGUCGUGCAAGCGGCGGCCCUUGAGCACCGACAAAUCGCAGACGCGUUUUGGAUAUUGGCUUCCGAUGACCCCGCAGCGAACAUAUAUCUGAUCCUCUUCGUCGGUACGAUGGUACUACUCUAUUCUCUCACGGCCCAGUUCAUGGCAAAAAGCGACGCGGCGUUUUACAACCUCAAUCUGCUUGCGAGUGAUGCGUGGGCCAUUCUCUUCUCGGCCGCUGUUGCCCGGGCCUUGCCGCCGCCGCUAUAUUUCCUGGCAUUGGUCGCCAUGGUCGCCGGCGUCGUGACGUAUCACUCGCGGCCGUCGCCGACGGCGCCGCCGGUCCUCGGGCGCGCGCGGACCCGAUCAGCGGGCUCCGGGACGGAUAGCCCGCUUUUGUCGCGGCCCCCAAGUGUUGUGUAGUUG